AUGAGUAUAUUGAGUAUCCUAACCCCUGCCGAAAGGCGGUUUUUUGACGAAGCCAUACAACGAUCCGUGGCCAACCGGGCAUUAGAAGAAGCUAAAGAAUCUGUAUAUCCAGUUCUUCGUGAGCAGCCAUCAGACCAUUCUCGGUAUCCAGGUCAACCACACGCACACGAACAGCAGCAUUCAGUUCCACGGUUUGAUGGGAUUUGUGGCAACUCUACAAAACCAUCUGAGGCUCUUGCCCGUUAUGCUGAAUUAUCACGACAGGAGUAUGAUUUGUGGGAUCGUGUGGAACGUAGUCUUGAAUUGCCGUUUGUAUACCGUUCAGAGGCAAACAAAAAUCUUUGCUAUAAAAUGUUACGCCGUGUUCCUCUUUUGCGGACCAUUACGGAAGGAGAUUUGGAAGUUAUUAGUUCGCAUAUGGAGGUUUUACGUCUUAGUGGUACAGAAGUGUUGGCUGGAAAACCUCCUUUCCCGGAUGUUCAAACACGCAAAUCCACGCAAUCGUGGUCAACCAUGACACGGAGUCAGUUUGACGAUAACGAUAGUGUUUCUGCUCUUAUCGCAGGAGAACAUUCCACUGUUUCAGCUUCUAAGGCACACCGAGAACCUGGGGAUAGUAUGAGCAGUAGCGGUGUCAAAAUAACAAUGGGAAAUCGUAUAUUUAUUCUUCUUCGUGGACGUGUGGUUUUGCGUAUCCCAUCUUUGCAAACCGCUGCAGACGCUUAUGUUGAACCUUAUGAAGUAUUUGCAUUACCUGUAAUGGUGGAAGCUUUACCUGAUGGAUCAUGGUACGAAACAGAUGGAGAUUGUAUGUUGAUUAGUCUUACAUGUAAUGUGGAUCUUUCGCUGGAUCGUGUGAUUAGACGAAUCGAAAACAACGAAAUUGAGAAACGAAUUUCUUUUCUUCAAAGACAGCUACGUGUAAAGGUAUUUACUCAUUGGACACGAGAACAAUAUGAGGCAUGUGCACGAGCACUUGUCCCAAUUCGUGUCUCUUGGAGACAGUUAGUUGUUGAUCAAGGAAUGGAGUCUGAUGCGAUGUAUUUUAUUUAUGAAGGUCAGUGUAUAGUUCUACGUGAUGUUCCACUUCAACGUCAACAGAGUCAACAAGCUGAAAUACAAUCACGGCAAAUGUCUCAUCAACAGUAUUCAUCAUCUAGUACCCCAAAAACACUUACAUCACGUGCACGAUGGAGAUUACCGCAGAAACAUAAUGGAUCAAAUAGUGGUAAAACGACAUCUCAUUUAGGAAAACAACUACCUUCAACGGGAGUAACAUCACCUCUUGUAAAGACUAUGGAAAUUGUAACUUUACGUGAAGGUGAAUUCUUUGGGGAGCUCGGUCUUUUGAAUCACCAGGUGGAUUGGAAACCAGAUGUUGACACUAUAUGGUCUAGGGAUUAUUGGCAAAAAACGCUUGAUAGUGCUCUACGUGCACCAGUAGAUUUUAGUGCACUUGAUGGUACUCUCUCAUGGUGUACCAAAAGUCAAGGUAAGAGCAAUUCUAACGACCCAAAUGGUGAAGAUUCCCAUAAUAAUUAUGAUGGUGUUUUUCCUCCUGUUCCGUUACCACGACAGGCCACUGUAUACACAAAGUCUCCAUGUCUUUUCUAUAUGCUCUCAAAUGAACAUUGCCGUAGUUUAUUUGGUGACCGUGAAUAUGCGCAGUUAAAGGAAUUUGCGAAGGGAUAUCCCUCAUGUGAAGACAUAGAAGAACAGUAUGAACGGCAACGUAAGUGGUUACACUACCGAAAAACGCUGGUAAACGCCGUAAUGCAGGACUCAAGUAGCGCUAAACGAAAGAUACCGAAGUUACCACCUCUUCAGUUCCACUGA